ACAAAUAGCCCUGACAUCCGUGUUACCACUCUUGUCUUGGCGCUUCAUUGAUAAUCACCAAUUCUGCCUAAAGGAGAGAGGAAAAGUGCCUGCUUAAAGGGCAAGAAUAUCUCAAGCAUGGGCAUGAGUAGCUUGAAAUUGCUGAAGUAUGUCCUGUUUUUCUUCAAUUUGAUCUUUUGGUUCUGUGGCUGUUGCAUUUUGGGCUUUGGGAUCUACCUCCUGAUCCACAGCAAGUUUGGAGUACUCUUCCAUAACCUCCCCUCUCUCACGCUGGGCAAUGUGCUUGUUAUUGUGGGUUCCAUCAUCAUGGUGGUUGCCUUCCUGGGAUGCAUGGGAUCCAUCAAGGAGAAUAAAUGCCUGCUUAUGUCGUUCUUUGUCCUGCUGCUGAUUAUCCUCCUUGCUGAGGUGAUCUUGGCCAUCCUGCUCUUCAUGUAUGAACAGAAGCUGAAAGGAUACGUGGCUGAGGGUUUGACCAAGAGCAUCCAGCGAUACAACUCAGACAACAGCACCAAGGCAGCGUGGGACUCCAUCCAGUCAUUUCUGCAAUGUUGUGGUGUAAACGGCACGAGUGACUGGACAUCCGGAGUACCAGCAUCUUGCCCCAAAGGCUCAAAUGUUAAGGGUUGCUAUAUACAAGCAAAACAGUGGUUUCACUCUAAUUUCCUGUAUAUUGGAAUCACCACUAUCUGUGUGUGUGUAAUCCAGGUAUUAGGGAUGUCCUUUGCACUGACCUUGAACUGCCAGAUUGACAAAACCAGUCAGGUCCUAGGACUCUGACCUGCUGCUGCCAUGUGCUGGAGAGACUUCUUUCAUCGCUGGAAAUCCAAAACAACUUGUAUCAUGAAGUCCUAAAUGGCCACCUCUUGAAUUAGUGUCUUCGUUCUCCCUCCCAUCUCUUCUCUGUGUGGUCCCUGUCUUACACAACCAGAGAAGAGGGUGUUGGUCAGGCACUUCCCAUCAGACAGCAAGAUAAUCCUUUACUCAUUCAUGGCAGUAGCCUUAUCAUUCAUUAAUACCUGAGCAUUUGUCAGACAUGAAAGGGCAAGAGAACCUGUGGUACUAAUGGCUCAAAAUCAAAGGAGCUUGACUUUCUGCAUCUUUCCAUUGCCAAAAAGGCUCUGGCCUCUAAAUCACACACAGUCCACUCUCCAAAGUCAAACAAGAGAUAAGCUUAAGGGAGCUCUGGGGGCAAAUUCACUGGAUCAUUAUCACAAUCCUCUGUUUCCUUUUGACUAGGGGACUUGGCUACAGGAAUGACAAAAAUACUCUUUCUCCAAAGGUUAGGUUUCAUUUCAAUUUCUUUAUUGAUCCAUCUAAGUCUUUUCAAGAGGAACUGUCCAAUGACUCACAUCCUGAUUUCAGUCAAUUGCUUAGACUUUGAUUUACAUAACUAUGAAGGAAUUCAGCAGGAUCAGUAUUUCUGGUGGUUGAGGUAAUAAUCACAUUCAAAAGAGUUCUGGUGUUAUUUCUCUUUCAGAUAAGUUUUUUCUUAAUGUAAUAUUUUAAUUCUUCAAUAAAUAAAAUAGCUUAUGAUCUCACAAUCA